AUGCCUGUGCCACCACCUAUAAUGCAAGACCACCAGGCCAACGACCGAACUAUUGCUCUCACAAAAGAAUUUAAGAAGAUGAAACCACCCUUGUACAAAGGAGGAAUUGAUCCAUUAAAGGCAGAGGCUUGGGUGCUUGGUAUUAAGAAAUUGUUUGAAGUCUUUCCAUGCACGGAGGCACAGAAAGUCAUGCUAGCUGCUUUUACAAUAGAGGAUGAGGUGCACCGUUGGUGGACGCUUAUUCGAGGAGAGCAUCAAGGGAUGAAUUGUGCUCAAUUUUUGGAGAUCUUCUAUGAGAAGUACUUCCCACAGAGCAUCCGAGACAGGAAGGUGUCGGAGUUUGAAAACUUGAAGCAAGAGAACAAAAUCGUAGCAGAGUAUGAGGUGCAAUUUAUCGAACUAGCACGUUUCGCACCGUAUAUGGUCGAUACAGACUGCAAGAAGGUGAGGAAAUUUGAGGGAGGUCUCCGAGACUCCAUUCUUGAGAAGAUUAAUAUACUGUAG